AUGUCACCGUCGCGAGACUUCCAUCGCAAGCGUAAGAGCUGGGCCCGGCGGGUCGAACGCUGCUGCUGUGGAGCGCUGGGCUACUUCCCUCUGGCCUUUGUCUAUGGCCUGCUGUCAUGGGCUGCUUGGGUCCAGAUAAGCAUCGGCUUCUGGCCCAACCAGGGAAAAUGGACUGGCAAGACAUCAUCCUUGGUCGGAGUCGUACUCUACUCGCUCGCCGUCUCGUGCUAUACCAUCGCUGUCUUCAAAGACCCUGGAUCUCCUACCAACUCGCUAGCCACCGGUGGCUACGCAUCACUCCCUACCCAUGAAGCCCUCGCACCUACACCCCUCACAGCCAAGUCGUCGGGCAAACCACGAUACUGUAAAAAGUGCAACUCGGUCAAGCCUGACCGUGCCCACCACUGCAGCUCCUGCAACCGCUGCGUUCUAAAGAUGGACCACCAUUGUCCCUGGCUAGCCACCUGUGUUGGCAUGUACAACUACAAAGCCUUCCUGCUGUUUCUGUCCUACACAUCCCUCUUUUGCUGGCUCUGUUUUGCAACCGCAUUCGAGUUCGUCUGGCGUGACAUCUUUGACGAGACCAAGAUCGAAGAAGGACUACGAAUUGUUAACGUCAUCCUGCUCGCUGUUUUAGGUGGCAUCAUUGGCCUCGUCCUGACUGGUUUCACUUCCUGGCACAUUUACCUGGCCACAACCGGCAAGACGACCAUUGAGAGUUUGGAAAAGACUCGUUACUUUAGUCCCUUGAAAAAGAGCAUGGAACGUCAGAUACACAAUCACGAAAGACACUACAUGCACGACGAUCCCUCCGAUGAGCCCACGCUGGGCGAACAGCUCAAGGAGAUUCACGCAAAUGCUGUUCCUGGCGUCACCAGACCCGAAGAAGGCGACGAAUCGAGACUCCCAACCCCUCUGCCAAUUCAAACCUCUGCGUUUGAGUCUCCUGCUUCGGAAAGUCUACGUCGUAGUUACGCAAGUCUCGAAGCAGACCGUGAGCGGGAACGCUAUGCCGAAUAUCUAGACGAGCAAGACAGCGACAAACUACCCCAUGCCUUCGAUCUAGGUUGGCGACGGAACUUACUUGAUCUCUUUGGCCACAAUCCAUACUUGUGGUUCUUGCCCGUCUGUAAUACCGAAGGAGACGGUUGGAGGUGGGAAGUCAGCGCACACUGGAUAGCCCGUCGUGAUGAAGUAGCACACGACCGCCAAUUACGAGAAGAAUCAGAACGUCGCUCAUGGCGUGACUACCAAGCUGAACGCUCACACUGGGGUGCCGGUGCAUAUGGAGCAGGAAGAUACUUCGCUGGUCCUGCUGCUAUGCAACAAAAUCAACAGCACCAACAGCCGCAACAGCCACACCUUCAACCUACAUGGGCAGGGGAGCAGGAAGACGACGAUGAAGGCAGAUAUUUGACUACCACUAACGGUGUUACUCGCGUACCUCUUGCCGGUCGUCGCUCUCCAUCAAAAGCAGCACAGAUUCUGGGUCAAUAUCAAACAGGGAACGGUCCACCUGCAGCACAACGUCGCAAAGUAGAUCCUGACGAUAUUGAUGACUAUGACACCAGCAGCGACGAGGAAACUUCACGACCGCCGAGCCGACCCCUUCCGCAAACCCGUGAUUGGAACGAUAUCCCAGAUGACUUUUUGACGUCUGCUACUGCGAAGCCCAAAAGAGACAGGAGCAGAAACAGAACCAAAGGAGAUUGA